CUCGCGGCUCUGCAUCAUCAUGCCCUCUCAGCUCUGCAGCUUCACAAAGGAGAAGAAGAAAAACCAUCCGGCCGCUCGCUGCUCUCAUAUGUGACCACAGAGCCUGUCUUCACCAAUAGGAAAGCAGCAGUUGUGCGCUGAACAGGGAGUUAGCUCACCCACACUCAGGCCUCAUGGAGAUGAAACAAAGCGGACAGAUGACAGAACAGAGGAAAAUGUCCAGAUGACACACUCCAACUAUGCUGACAUAGGUUUUAACAGUUGAUUGACCGCUCAACACCACAUCUCCCCUCCUGCCGCCACCCGCUCGUCAUCCAUCCAGCCAUGUUGUUGAGAAGGAAGCUGUGCGUUGUCCUGGUGAUCGCCACCGUCCUCUUCCUCAUGCUCGCCAGUCAGAGCAUCCAGAGGAAACAUUUCCUACCUCUGUCAUUAGUUCCAUCCAUCAGCCGGGCCACGACCUCCGGAGAAGACAGCAGAACGGAAAUAGUGGUUGAACCCACGGCAUCUACUGCUGACUGGACCCCUGAGCAGUACCCUGACCCCCCCCAGACCCCUGUUCCUCCCAGCAACACCAAGCCUGAGGCUAAGGAGAAGCUCCAAGAGAACACCCGGGAUGACACAAGGCACUGCGGUUGUUCUGAGUCCUGUAUAUCAGACCUGAGGGGGUCAGACUGGUUCAGGGAACGCUACGAUCCCAAACAGCAGCCCAUCCUCCGAGACACCGACAACAACUUCGAUCCAGAGGCCCUCAAAUGGUGGCUGGGUCUUCAGCGGUCCGGAGACGACCAGACUCUAGAGGAAGUGAUGUCAGACAUGUUCCAGGUCAUUUCCUCACCCACUGUGGAUUUCAGGCCCCUCACCUCUCGUUGCCGCAGUUGCGCAGUGGUCGGUAACUCUGGCAACCUGCAACGGUCAGGAAACGGCAAGUUGAUAGACUCCCACGGCUCUGUGAUAAGGAUGAACAAGGCGGUGACUCGAGGAUUUGAGAAAGAUGUCGGGAAUCGGACAACACAUCAUUUCAUGUACCCUGAGAGUGCAGUGGACAUUGAUCGUGGCGUCAGUCUCGUCCUGCUGCCGUUCAAACUGAGAGACCUGGAGUGGGUGACCAGCGCACUUUCCACCGGCGAGGUCAAAAUGACCUACAUGAGGGUUAAAGACAGAGUGAAGGCUGAUAAAGACAAGGUUUUGGUGGUGAACCCUGUGUUUUUUAAGUACGCUCAUGAUCAUUGGACCGAGCGUCAUGGUCGCUACCCGUCCACCGGCAUGCUGGCCAUCAUCUUCGCUCUCCACACCUGCGACCAGGUCUCGGUGUUCGGUUACGGCGCUGACAAGCAGGGUAACUGGCAUCACUACUGGGAGGAGAAUCGCUAUGCUGGAGCCUUCAGGAAGACCGGCGUCCACAGCGCCGACUUUGAAACACAGGUCAUCCACCAGCUCGCCAAGCAGGGAAAGAUCAGCCUGCACCUGUGAUCUACAGACCUGCUGACUGACCUACAGACUGACCCUCUGACCCACAGACUGACCUACAGACUGACCCACAGACGUGCUGACUGACCUACAGACGUGCUGACUGACCCACAGACGUGCUGACUGACCUCCAGACCUGGGGCCAGUUUCAUCAGCUGGACAUAAAAAAGUCAGAUGUAAGCCCUACACCUACAUGAAUAUGUUAGUAUGCAAACAAAACAGUGCCAUAACUAAUAAAAAAAACAAGACAAGACAAGAAAGGCACUGUUGGCUAUGCAAAUGUUGUGCAGCACAGCUGCUGCUCACAUGAUGGUGCAUGCCCUUUCUGGCUCCAUACUGAUUUCACUGUGCAAGCAGUGGAAUCUAAAAAAAAAAGUCAUUAAUAUGCCUCUAUGCAGUAGCUAUGCAUCAUCCCUUAACACUACUCUCUGAUAAACUAUACCAGUUUAAGUGUAGGAUAAAAUAAACAAGAUGUGUACCUGUUUCAUAUUCAACCUAAACAUAAGCCACACACACCUGCGCUUGAGGACUUCUAUGCAGCGCUCAACAAUUGACCAUGAGUGCACAUAGUUGUACUGCCUUUCCUGCUCCGUUCGGGGUACCACGACAGGUGUCAUCAGCCACUAUUUUAAAGGGUACCCAGUGUCUCCAAGCAUCAUCACACACCUACAGACCUGUUGACUGACCUACAGACUGACCUACAGACCUCUUGACUGGUGUUGUUACACACCUACAGACCUGUAGACGGACCUGCUGACUGACUUACAGAUGAUCCACUACUUAAUUGUCUAGACCAAGAAUCAGCUAAAUCUCCAGCUGUGUCUGGCUGAUUGCAGCUGAGUGUCAGCACACCCAGCUGUCCUCUGGCACUGAAGAACCCGAUCUGAGCCAGCUCUGGACUGGGGGUGGCUCCUCUGGCACUGAAGAACCCGAUCUGAGCCGGCUCUGGACCGUGUGUGGCUCAGACCUGUGUACUUCUUGCACAAUCAUCACGUCUGCCUUGAGUCAGACAUCCUGUUGUGCUAGAUUGAGGCCAGUGUUGGGCCAAGACAUUUGUAGAUACCUGGACUUCCUGUGGAUGGAGCCUUUGUGAGUGGGAGGAGCUAAACCUGAUACCUCUACCUGGUGGGCGGGGCUCAGGUAUCCUUCCUUUGCCGACUCCUGCUGGAGUUCCAGGUCAACUUAGACAACUACAGACUGUUUUUCGGGACCCUCCACUGUUGGGACAGACAGACCGUCCUGCCGUCUGCGACUGCGAGGAUCAACCACAGCAAGCUUUGCUCUGAGUGGGAAACAACCACAGACUUUUUAUAUCUUUUUAUUGGAUUUUUAUAGAUAUUAUACAGGGAUAACCUCUUUUUUUUAAUCAAAGCACUUUGCCCUGAAGAAGAAAUGGUGGCCAUGUUAUUGCUUCUCUUUCUCCUUCCAACCUUGAUUUUUUUUUUUUUUGUAUUUUAUAUCAUUUUUAAUCCAUCCAUUUAUUUUAACUGAAUCUUAACCGUCCUGAUCUAGAGGAUAUUUCUGUCCAGACACACUAAAACUGGAAACAGCAAGACAAAGUUUUCUGUCACGUUCUCAUUUUUUUGGACUGUACGCCAAUGACAUUUUGUGUCUCGACUUCCUGUCUCGACUAUAUAUGGAGUUGGAGGCAGUGAAUGGGAGGAUUGUUUGUUGUUUAAGCUUCUUCAUGUGUUCCAUGAUGAUUCAACAGUCUGCAGGCUGUCAGCUGAUAUUACUGAAUGUCCAAAAUAGGAAUAUUUCAUUAGUGUUUGAUAUAUUUUAAAAGGAAUCGUUCUACAUUUAGUGUUGAGUAAUCUUGUUUCUUAAUCACUGUUUCCCAGCUCCAGUGGCUGACAAAGAUCAUAGUAAGUCAAAGAAUGAAGCUGCAGGCUGUUGAACUUCAUGGACAGACGUGACGUCAUUCUUCUGAGUCACAGCUCAGCUGAUGGGAGUGACAAAGACGAGGAGACGGUGAAUACCCUUUAACUAAAGAUUUAUUCAGUAAAACUCAACAUGGACAAAUAAUCAGUAACAUCACCAGUGUGUGUGGUGCACGGAUGAGUGGAAGAUGUAGUGCAAUGUACAUUCAAAAAAAAAUAAGUCCAACCAAAAAUAACCAACCAUAUGAAUGAAGAGCGACUGACCAGUCCAGCAGGUAGCAGGGGAGUCAGUCAGAUGACUGCUGGACUUCCUGUUAAAGGGAGACGACAGCGUGCUGAAGGCUGUCACACCUGUACUGUGAAUGUACACAAACUGUUGCUGAUUGUCAAUCACCGUUGUCUGAAUGUUUGUGGCUUUGUUUACACUGGGAGGAGUUUCAGGACAUUUUCACACUGAGUUUGUUUGAGUCUGAAAUUGAGUACUAUCGUCCGUCUCAGAACACUGAUAUAGUCGAUUUCAACUGCGUGUUUGCGUAUACGUGAUGCUUACCCCGCAAAUCUUGCGUUCCUCCAAUAGGUUGUGUGCAUCUUAUUUAUUAACGCCAUGCAUCAAUAAGAUGCAGCUAAGCUCAUGACCAAUGAAGGCAGUUUAUCAGGAAGUGAAGUAAGGUCAGCAGCUUGUACAGUCUGUGCAGCUGUAAAUUUAGGGCUGCAAGUCAACAGUCAGGACGUACCAUCAUUGAAAUGGGCAGAUGUUCUUAAACUUUGCAGCCAUGCAUAUGCGGAAAGUAUAAUGUUAAAAUGGUCACUUUUUUGUUUUUAUCGUGGAAAAAACAUCAACAAUUUUCUUUCUUUUUUUAACAGAAUUACUGAAACUGGAAUCUCUCACAAAAGAUUUUUAGAAAUUUAACUUGUGCACUGAAAAUAAAGCAAGGUAAUCUGAUGUUAACCAGUGAUAAUUUUGCCCUCAUCUGUCCCUUAGUGAAUAUAUUUUGUAAUCUUCCUUUCAUAUAUUUUGUUUUCUUGCCACAAAGUGUACUUGAGGUUUCAAGCAGGAGUACAAAUUGUUUUUUGACUGACUACCACAUUCAUGUCGACUUAGGUACAGAACUGGGAAAAGUGUUUAUUUCCACAUUUUUUGUUGAUCCGUUUCCAGAUGCAGAACCAACUCGCCAGUGUGAAAUCGUUCUGAAACCGAUGCUCAGUAAAGAUCUCAGUCUGCUUCAAACAAACGCACAACGUGUGGUCCGACCACGUCUAAAGUCAAAGUGUUUUCUUCCUGUUCUUAAUGUCCACACUGGAAGGUGGUGUGAAAAGCCUUCUGUCAUAACCUCUGGGCUUGCAUCACACUACUUCUCUCCUACAACUCUGUCUUUGUCGUUUCAACGCCAGGAGCUGCACAAACGGGGGGAUAAUGCUGCACAGUUUCAGACGGUCUCGCCCCAAAGACAUUCAUGUUGUUUUACUCAGCUGCUCAUACAAAAAGUGACAAUAGUUGUGUGAAGAAUGAAAAGAGAGCUUAAGAGAGAAGUUAAAACCCAGCUUACAAUCAUAUAACCACCACACACCCAGCCAAUCAUUGUGUGAAGUGGAUAUGAUGGUUGGUUUCUGAAAGUUACAAAAAUUUAGAUGCAGCUGUGGUAAAGGGAGAUUUUUAGAUGGUGUUAGAACUUUGUUUGAAUUAUACUGAGGCCUUAUAAAUAAUCAUAAAUGCUGAAUCUUUGUCCUGAGGCUGUUGCUCUGUCGUUAGCUCUGCUGCUCUUCAGAGUUCAGUUUGAGUUUAAACCUACUUGUAUGGAACAAGUCACAUGAUCUCUUAAAACUCGACUGCAAAGUCAUCAAAAACCGUAGUUUAAUAUGAAACAUCUGCUGCUUGUUUUUUAAGAUUUUGUUCACUGCUAAGAUUUAACACUUUGUUGGAUUCUCCAGGAAAAAGUCCUGCUGGUAACUGGGAAAUUAUCUACUUUACGAGUUAACGAGGAGCGCCUGAAUGAGCCAUAAACCCAAAUUCAGCCACUAAAUGACAGAGCAGCAGCCUUUCAGAGUCUUUAGCUGGACUUCACAUUUGGAUGUGAGGUUUUGUGAGUUUGCAGACUAAGCUGUAGUAAACACAUUUACUCCCUCACUCUUAAAACCAGUUUGUUGUGAGUACAAAUCCAAAAAAUUGUAAAUGGAUGGUGUGAUCUGUAGAUUUAGAGCAGAGCGAUGUCCACUGACCAAACCGUACUGUAUGUGUGAUGUAUGUUCAGUUAUCAUAGCUUUAAUUCAGCUCAUCAUGUUAAAACUGUGACUCUGUUCGAUGAGAGGAAAAAAAAAAAAAAGUCAGUUUCACUUAACAAACAACCUGCUGAUCAUCAGUUCAUUCAUAGAUACCAAACAGACAGGAGCACUGUGAUAUUUCAAUGGAAACCACAGAAAACAACAUAAACCCACCACUGUCACUUUGAAUGAAAUAAAAAAUAUGAAACAUAA